CCACGAGAUCAUGACCUGAGUCAAAGUCAGACACUUAACCGACUGAGCCACCCAGGCGCCCCAGAAGCCAAAAUCUUCCAUCCAUGAUUCCCAAAUCCAUAAGUCUCUGAAAACCAAAACAUUUCUUGGAUUUCAUUUGUCAACAAAAUGUGACCCACUAUGAAUUGUUGUCAGGAAAGCUGCUCUGUGACAGGCGACUCGGGGUCUGGUGUCCUGGUGUGAACAUCCCCGUUUGGCUGCAGAGACGCCAGGGCACAGAGAGGAACGUGGCCGAGUCUCAGAGCGUCACCCGCUCGUGGUAAAGGAGAAAUGCCCGCGCCGAAGGGGGCAUGGCAGUCCAGGGGCUGCAUGGAGCACCACGCAGAUCUCGUGUCGGUGUGUCCGUGGGAGCUGGCCGCCUGCACACGGGGCCGCUGGGACAAGGUGGUCCCGGCCCAACCCCCCCAGUCCACAGCCCCUCUUCUCCUGGAGCCGACGAGCUGGACCAGAUCUCAAAAAUCCAUGACGUCAUCAGCACGCCUGCUGAGAAGACCCUCACCAAGUUCAAAUGGAUCAGGAUACCUCUCCUGACAGCCAGUCUGUCCUCGAGAUGCCUCCCUCCUCAUGACCCCGACGACAGGAUCGCCGCCCACCACGCCUCCUUCCAGGGCCAGAGAACCAGGCCCGGAAGCGAGAGGAGGACCUUCGCACGAGACCAGCGCCCGCCCGCCUGACGGAACUGCCGCCGCCGGAGCCUUCGGGGGUGACCCACCCCAGCCCCGCGCUGCGCUCCGUGUUCGGACCCAGAGCCGACGGGAAAGGCCCGGUGCUCAGGCCCCUGAAGUGUGUCGGCUCGAGCCGGAAGGUAGGCUGUCCCGCCAGCGUCCCCAGCGGCCUCCGCUGACCGGCUGCCCUUCCCUCUGCAGGCAGGGCCGCGGCCGGACAGGAAGCCCGGCCCGAGGCGGGACCGUCUGCCCAGCACAGAAAGGAGACAGGAGGGCACCUGCUCGGGGCGCAGCGGCCGGAGGGCUCCGGGAGAGCCCCGUCCUCCGCCCGGCCUGCGCCCCGCGAGCACUGCCCGGGCCCCCGCCUGCCGGGCCCGCGCUCCAGCGAACGCCCUGCAGAACCAGCUCCCUCAGCGGUUUAUUUCAUUUCCGUGACGUAAGAACUGGGGGUAGAGCACGUUUUGUAAUUUUUUUUAUCUGAAUCAAAAGAGAAAUCAGAAUUUCUGUUGUGUAUGUAGGCGUGGGGUCCCUGCGGGCCCGGGCUCCUUUAGGACAUCACCAGUGGCACAUGUCACAGCGUGCAGGCAGUGACGUCAGAGCUUUAUUAAAGGGUGAGCAUCGUUA